ACAGGCUUAUUUAUCAGUUCGUUUUCGAUAGAAUAGAGUUGAUAUCCUCUGUGAGUUUCUUUCUUGAAAAUGGAAACUUUUCACAGACUUAGAGCUAAAUUUCUAGCAUCAUCUACUUUCCAUACAAUGAAACGGCAUGAGAUUUCAGAUAUUCCAGGGAUUCAUCUUCCCUACUUAGUAUGCUUGCUUCAAACUGCUGGAUAUCACCUCACCAAAGUGGACUGCGUGAAUCCAAACGAAAUGAUUCGAAAAGGGACCAACAUCGUUUUGAGUUGUGGAUAUUCUGGUCAAAGAUGUUUUUUAAACUAUCCUGCAGAGAAUGACACCUGUAACUGCUUCAUCAAAGGGGAGAAUUCGAAGGAUUUUUUUCUGGAAGCUGUGUCUCGCGGAAAUAAGGAAGAGCGAUGGUUAGUGGACGAAAAUGCAUCCAAGUACUGCCUGCCGUUUGUAUCAGAUGACCUCAAAUUGUUGUGCAAAACGGUCAUUAUGGAACUAGUAUCAAUGAUAAAAGAAAAUUAUACAAAACUAAGUGGCUCAAAUGUGGAUACGAAACAAACACAAAACGUCAACAUUAUGAAUAAGAUGGAAAACACAUCCAGCACCACUAAACUGGUUUCGAGUGUGUCUGAGAGCACUCGUGAGUACAGAAGCUCGACAUUUGCGCAAUCAGAAAUUUCUAGAGAUUCAUCUAUGAAUGUGGAAAAAAGCAGCUUGGAGACCAAAACUGAAUAUAAAAAGGAAUCUUUCAAGAUGUCUACGGUUUGCAGCGAAGUUUCUGUUCAGUCCGAGUCUACAACCCAAAUUUCCAAUCCGGAACCAAAGUCUUCGAAACCAUCUCCUCUUCCAAUUAAAAACGUUCGAAAUGCUGGAAGCGAAAAAAAAAUUAGCAUGAUUCCCAAAACGAAACUCGGUGCCAAAACAAAAUCUGCCAUCAAUUUGAAUGUUCUUACCACAUCUAAAGGUCAGCAGUCACGGUUAUCCAUACCUAAUUCAAAAUCAACUUCAAAUUUGUCGGCCAACCCUGGUGCCAGUAACAGCAGCAAAUACACAAAUUCUCAGCUGAAAGUUCUCACUACAAAAGUGACAAGUUCCAUUGUAAAUGCGAAAAAUGUAUCUAUAGAAAGAAAUCCACAAAGUGUAACCAAGAAUGUCAGUAAUUCAGCAAUCCCAAAAACCACCAGUUUGAAAAACUCUACGCCGAAACCAGUAGUGAAAGGUUCAACUGCUGUGGCUUCCCAAAAUAAGAAAGUUACACCGAUUUCGAAACCAGGAACCUGUUCUUCCAAAAAAUAAAUAGUAGCAGUUUGGAAUUCUUAAAAAAAAUGUGAAAAAAUUGAAUAUUCUUACAUAAAUACUGGUACCAAAUAAAUAAGUUAAGUAGA